GUCAGCGAUCGGACACCCCGGGCUGCCGCGCUCCUGGCCGGCGAGGCGUGGUACUGUCUGGACCACCGACCGGAGAAAGCGUCUGCCAGGAUGGGAGCUGCUGGGAGGCAAGGCUUCUCCUUCCAGGCCUUGGUGACAAUCAGCUGGUUCGCCCUGGCAUGUGUCCCUGGGACCACAUCCACUGCAGUGGCAGCUGAGUGUCCUGACCAGAACCCUGAGCUGCAGCCCUGGAGCCCAGGCCAUGACCGGGACCACCGUGCGUACAUCGGCCGGGGCAGGAUGCUGCUACUCACCUCUUCCACCACCGUCCACUCCAUCCACAUCUCAGAGGGAGGCAAGCUGGUCAUUAAAGACCACGCUGAGCCGAUCGUUGUGCGAACCCGGCACAUCCUGAUUGACGACGGCGGGGAGCUGCAUGUCGGGAGCACCCGCUGCCCUUUCCAGGGCAACUUCAGCAUCAUUUUGUACGGAAGGGCUGACGAGGGCAUUCAGCCGGACCCUUACUUUGGUCUGAAGUACAUUGGAGUCGGCAGAGGGGGCACCCUUGAGUUGCAUGGGCAGAAGAAGCUCUCAUGGACAUUUCUGAACAAGACCCUUCGCCCAGGUGGCAUGGAGGAGGGAGGCUAUUUUUUUGAAAGGAGCUGGGGUCACCGUGGAAUCAUCGUUCAUGUCAUCGACCCCAAAUCAGGAGCGGUCGUGCAUUCUGACCGGUUUGACACUUACAGAUCCAAGAGAGAGAGCGAACGCCUGGUGCAGUACCUGAGCGCGGUGCCCGACGGCAGGAUCCUCUCCGUGGCGGUGAAUGACGAAGGCUCUCAAAACCUGGAUGACACGGCCCGGAAGGCGAUGACCAGGCUGGGCAGCAAGCACUUCCUCCACCUCGGAUUUAGACACCCUUGGAGUUUCCUGACGGUGAAAGGAAAUCCCUCUGCGUCCGUGGAAGACCAUAUUGAAUAUCACGGACACCGAGGCUCCGCGGCUGCCCGAGUAUCCAAGCUGUUCCACACGGAGCACGGCGAGCCCUUCAACGUCUCCUCCUCCAGCGAGUGGGUUCAAGAUGUGGAGUGGACAGAGUGGUUCGAGCACAGCAAAGUGUCACACACGAAAGGCGGGGAGAAGAUUGCAGACCUCCGCGUAGCACACCCAGGAAAAAUCUGCACCCGUCCCAUCGACAUACAGGCCACCACAGCGGAUGGAGUCAACCUCAGCACAGAGGUCGUCUACAAAAAAGGCCAGGAUUACAGGUUUGCCUGCUACCACCGGGGCCGGCCCUGCCAGAACUACCGUGUGCGGUUCCUCUGCGGGAAGCCUGUGAGGCCCAAACUCACGGUCACCAUUGACACCAACGUGAACAGCACCAUCCUGAACCUGGAGGACAAUGUACAGUCGUGGAGGCCUGGAGAUACCCUGGUCGUUGCCAGCACUGAUUACUCCAUGUACCAGGCGGAAGAGUUCCAGGUGCUUCCAUGUAGAACCUGUGCUUCCAACCAGGUCAAAGUGGCAGGGAAGCCGAGGUACCUGCACAUGGGGGAGGAGGUGGACGGCGUGGACAUGCGGGCCGAGGUCGGGCUCCUGAGCCGCAACGUCGUGGUGAUGGGGGAGAUGGAGGACCGCUGCUACCCCUACACCAAUCACGUCUGCAGCUUCUUUGACUUCGACACCUUCGGGGGCCACAUCAAGUUUGCACUGGGGUUUCAGGCAGCACACCUGGAGGGCGUGGAGCUGAAGCACAUGGGGCAGCAGCUGGUGGGUCAGUACCCGCUCCACUUCCACCUGGCCGGCGACGUGGACGAGAAGGGAGGCUACGACCCGCCCACCUACGUCAGGGAUAUGUCCAUCCACCACACGUUCUCUCGCUGCGUCACGGUGCACGGCUCCAAUGGGCUGCUGGUCAAGGACGUGGUGGGCUACAACUCCCUGGGCCACUGCUUCUUCACGGAGGACGGGCCCGAGGAACGCAACACCUUUGACCACUGUCUCGGCCUCCUCGUCAAGUCCGGGACCCUCCUGCCCUCUGACCGCGACAGCAAGAUGUGCAAGAUGAUCACUGAGGACUCCUACCCCGGCUACGUCCCCAAGCCCAGGCAGGACUGCAACGCCGUGUCCACCUUCUGGAUGGCCAAUCCCAACAACAACCUGGUGAACUGCGCCGCUGCGGGCUCCGAGGAAACAGGAUUCUGGUUCAUCUUCCACCAUGUACCGACGGGCCCCUCAGAGGGGAUGUACUCCCCGGGUUAUUCAGAGCACAUUCCGCUGGGAAAAUUCCACAACAACCGAGCACACUCCAACUACCGGGCUGGCAUGAUCAUCGACAACGGAGUCAAAACCACCGAGGCCUCUGCCAAGGACAAGCGGCCCUUCCUCUCCAUCAUCGCUGCCAGGUACAGCCCGCACCAGGACGCCGACCCGCUGAAGCCCCGGGAGCCGGCCAUCAUCAGGCACUUCACCGCCUACAAGAACCAAGAGUUUGCAGACAACGGCAUCGGCCUGACCCUGGCCAGUGGCGGCACCUUCCCCUAUGACGACGGCUCCAAGCAGGAGAUAAAGAACAGCUUGUUCGUUGGCGAGAGCGGCAACGUGGGGACUGAAAUGAUGGACAACAGGAUCUGGGGCCCCGGCGGCCUGGACCACAGUGGAAGGACCCUCCCUAUAGGCCAGAAUUUUCCAAUCAGAGGAAUCCAGUUCUAUGACGGCCCCAUCAACAUCCAGAACUGCACUUUCCGCAAGUUCGCGGCCCUGGAGGGCCGACACACCAGCGCCCUGGCCUUCCGCCUCAACAAUGCCUGGCAGAGCUGCCCCCACAACAACGUGACCAACGUCGCCUUUGAGGACGUCCCGAUUACUUCCAGAGUGUUCUUCGGAGAGCCUGGGCCCUGGUUCAACCAGCUGGACAUGGAUGGGGAUAAGACGUCCGUGUUCCAUGACGUCGAUGGCUCCGUGUCCGAGUACCCUGGUUCGUACCUCACCAAGGAUGACAACUGGCUGGUCCGGCACCCGGACUGCAUCGACGUGCCCGACUGGAGAGGGGCCAUCUGCAGCGGGCGCUACGCACAGAUGUACAUUCAGGCCUACAAGAGCAGCAACCUGCGAAUGAAGAUCGUCAAGAACGACUUCCCCAGCCACCCUCUCUACCUGGAGGGCGCCCUGACCAGGAGCACCCACUACCAGCAGUACCAGCCGGUCAUCACCCUGCAGAAGGGCUACACCAUCCACUGGGACCAGACGGCCCCCGCCGAGCUGGCCAUCUGGCUCAUCAACUUCAACAAGGGUGACUGGAUCCGCGUGGGGCUCUGCUACCCGCGAGGCACCAGCUUUUCCAUCCUCUCGGACGUCCACAACCGCCUGCUGAAGCAGACGUCCAAGACGGGCACCUUCGUGCGGACGGCGCAGAUGGACAAGGUGGAGCAGAGCUACCCCGGCAGGAGCCACUACUACUGGGACGAGGACUCGGGGCUGCUGUUCCUGAAGCUGAAAGCGCAGAAUGAGAGAGAGAAGUUCGCCUUCUGCUCUGUGAAAGGCUGUGAGAGGAUAAAGAUCAAAGCUCUGAUCCCCAAGAACGCGGGGCCCAGCGACUGCACGGCUGCGGCCUACCCCAGGUUUGCCGAGAGGGCCGUGGUGGACGUGCCGAUGCCCAAGAAGCUCGUCGGCUCGCAGCUGAAGACAAAGGACCACUUCCUGGAGGUGAAGCUGGAGAGCUCCAAGCAGCGCUUCUUCCACCUGUGGAACGACGCCUCUUACAUCGAAGUGGAUGGGAGGAAGUACCCGAGCGCGGAGGACGGCAUCCAGGUGGUGGUGAUCGAGGGCGGCCGGGGCCACGUGGUGAGCCGCGCCAGCUUCAGGAACGCCAUUCUGCAGGGCAUCCCGUGGCAGCUCUUCAAUCACGUGGCAGCCAUCCCUGACAACUCCAUAGUUCUCAUGGCAUCCACGGGAAGAUACGUCUCCAGAGGCCCGUGGACCAGGGUGCUGGAAAAGCUUGGGGCAGACAAGGGUGUCAGGCUGAAAGAGAAAAUGGUGUUCGUUGGCUUCAAAGGCAGCUUCCGGCCCACCUGGGUGACCCUGGACACCGAGGACCACAAAGCCAAGAUAUUCCAAGUCGUGCCCAUCCCUGUGGUGAGGAAGAGGCAGCUGUGAGGACAGUUGCCCCCGGCGCCGCCCCGCAGUGGGCUAGGACCGUGACCUCCUGGCAGCAGCCUGGGGCAGGUGGCUGGUCCCCCUGGCUUCUGUCCAGCUGCUGCCUGGACAGGCUGUGCCAGCCCUCAUGGGCCCAGGGGAGGCUACCAGAGACCCCUGGUGCUGCGCCUGGCCCCACUCGAGCGUCUGUCUGCAGCAUCUGAGCCCGCGUUGGCUAGUGCUGGAACCUUCUCUUGCAUCCUCAUGGGUGCUUCUCUGUCUGUGCCUCGGUGGCGGAGGGUGUGGGGACCGUAAGAAGAGGCCUGGGGUGUGCUGGUGCAAAGGUCUAUUGGCAGGUACCCUGGCCAGCUAGAGGCGGCCGGGGUGCCGAGUCACUGACAAAUCCCCGUCUUCCGCAGACACUGGGGGAAACAAUGGGGGAAACAGCCUUGGCCUUAAGGAAAUCUCUUCUGUAAGCAAAAAGCAACCUCCGCAGGGCUGGGAGCCAGUGUGGAAGGCAAGCUCCCCACACAGAAUGGGCCCCCGAGGGGGAGAGGGAGCCCUGCCUUUAGAGGGGGCCCACCUCGUAGGAGACUUCAGCUGGCAGGUUGGGACUCAAAUGGGGGACCCUCGAGGGCCCUUCCUGGUCUGAGAUCCCUGAAGUCUGGCUGUGUGCAGUCCCUGAAACCCAGCAGUAGCUGAGAAUGCCCUUUCGGUGGCCACCCAGGGCCACGCAGGAUGGAGAGGGGUGACAGUGCUGUCUGCUGGUGGGCAUUCUGUCUGGGUGCUCUCUGGUGCCAGGCUGAGAGCCUGGAGAGGGUGGAGGGGACAACUGUACGUGCUCGGGGUGGGGUGGGCAAGGCUUCUCGCAGGAGGAGCAACAAGGAGAUGGGGCGGCCUCCAGAGGGCUGGGCCCUGCCGAGCGACUUGCUGGCCCCUGUGUGAGGGAGAAGCAGGCCCCAGGCUGCCCUCCUGUGCUGACCCCUGGUCUCUGUCCCUGCGAGCAGAGCUUGUGCCCAGCCAGGGUGGCACUGGUCUGGAUGGGGCAGGCAGGUUCUCACCUGAGCCUCGUGGCUACCAGGGCAGGAGGGGACUGUGGUUUCCCUAAGAGCCAAGCCUGGGCCCUAUGCCCGGGGCACUGAGGACCUGGUCCCCAGCCAGCCCCACCUCCCCUCGGAGAAUCGAGUCAGUGCCCAGAAGGGAGCUCCUGCUCUUGAUCCGGGAACACUGCAGCAGAGCAGCCUGGGAGCUGGACCCGCCCUGCUGUGAGAGCCUGGGUUUGCAGAUCUAGACGGGACCUUAGAGGAGACCGGGUCCCCAGCUGUUGUACAGGUGGGAAAGAACCACGGCGCCAGGCAGGGCUGCGGGGGCCCCACUCCCAGCACUGACUGCCACGCUGCUCGGCCACGGCCCGAGUGCCAGGCCUUCCCCUCCCAGGGGAGAACACGCUCGGAACAGGCCCGUCGUCGGCCAGUGGCGAUGGCCCUCCUGCUCCUCUGCGCACACGAACCUGCCCUCCUCUUGGCCCUGGGGGCACCUGUAGCCUUACUCUGUUCACACCCCCUGUCGGACCCCGGGCCCCGUCGGGGUGCACGCUGCGGCGAGGCCAUCGGUGCUACCUACAGUUGUCGGGGCGGCCUGGCAGGUGGUAUCAGCACGCGUGAUGUUCCUGGUGAACCAUCCCGGCCCCUCGUGGGGUCUGAAGACCUGCUGGGUCCCCCAGGCUCUCUCCCUUGCCUUCCCUGGAGAGAGCUGGAGAGCUCCUGGGAGCUGGAAAACGCGGCCUGGGGAGGAUACCUCUCCUGAGGACCAGGCCUCCCCGGGUCUUACGAUGACCUUCGUUUGUCCCCUUUCCUGCCCCAGCCACUUUCCUUCAAAGAGGGCUUGCCUGGGUCCCACUGUCCAGCUGCCUCCAUAAGAUGUGGUCAGCAAGUGAGUCCACCUGGCGGGGUCUUCCAGCGGCUGCGAAUGACAGUGGGGGCCUACCUUUUAUGAUGCGACCGCUUCAAAGGCCGAAACCACAGCAAGGGCCAGCUCCAGGGCGAUGCAUGGCGAUGAGGUGGAGAGAGAAAACGGCUCGAUGUCGUGGUUGUCUAGGAUUCUGUUGAGUUUUUAAACUCUUAAUUCAAGGGUCUCACACUGAGAACCGCUCGGGACGUGGCCAGUGUCAGGGGCGCCGGGAAUAUUGUCUGUCUUCGGCUCAGCUCAUUUCCAGAAAUACCCGUCAGCGCGUUCUCGGAGUCGUCCGCGUGGUGAGGGGUACGGGGUCUGUCCCUGUGUUUCUCCCCAUGGGCCGAGGUGGCGGCGUUGCUUGGGUCGACCGCACAGAUGCUCCUACUGUUCGGAAAACUGUUCUCGUGUUGGUGAGUGAGUUAGGCCCUUAAGGAAAACACUCCUCCGAAAUGCUUGUUUCCUGUUGCCGAAAUAGCUGGUCCUUUUUCGGGAGUUAGAUGUGCAGUGUGUUUGUACGUAAACGUUCCUUGUAGAUGUCACUAUGAACAAAGAUAUAUUUUCUAUUUAUUUAUUAUAUAUGCACUUCUGGACGUCACUGUCAGAAAUGAAGAAUUGUCUUAAAUGGCACGUUUGGGGAUGUCCUUUGGACGGGCUGGAGGGAGUGGGCUGGGAGCGCCGCAGUAAACGUUCGAAGGACGGCCUUGUCUCACCUGCUUCCUUCCUUUCUCGCGACACAGGGGCCUCGUUUUAGGCCGUUUGUCUAGGGACAGUGAGGUUGUUGGGCCCACCUCGGGAGUCUGCCUCUCUUACUUCCAUGGCUUUAUUCCGCGGACUUAUUCCUCAACAGAGCCCUGUUCCCUCCACUGGCACUGCUGUCCUCCUCCCUCCCACCUUGGCCAUGCCCUGCACCGGGCCUUUGCUCCCUGGCACGGGCUGUCACUCACCCCUUCCACCAGACCAUGGCCUCCUGCAGGACACAGGUCAUCCGCCUCUCCCCCAGCCAGCUCCAGUUGUCAUCGGGGUGUUGAGCAGAGGCAGAAAGCAGACUUUGUCCCUUCCUCUACCACCGAAGCCAGAACCGAGCUGCCCUGCAACCCCACUCCAGCUCCCUUGCCCUGGAGGGGAGGGGGAGGGAGCUUAUUCCCAAUGCCAGGACUCCCAUAACCUCAGGGGUGGAUUCAAGGUGAGAAGGGGUGAGAUGAAGUGGGAGAAGUGACCCACUGUUCCAGGCCCUGACAUCACUCACAAAAGACGAUCAGGAUUAAAACUGCUUUUCCACUAACACCUGGAAUAAGGCAAGGCUGCCCACUUGCCCCACUUUUUCAACACAGUACUGGCAGUCCUAGCCAAUGCAAUCAGACAAGAAUAAAAAUUUUAAAAAGAAGCAAAAUGAUCCUUAUUUGCAGAUGACAUGACUGCAUACGUAGAAAAUCCAAGAGUCCACAGAAAAACUCCAAGUAGUGAUACAUAAAUUUAGUAAGGUGGCAGGAGACAAAAGCAACAUACAAAAAGCUACAGUGCUUUUAUACACCAUUAACUAACAGACUGAGGCAGAAUUAAAGCCAUCUCCUUUACAGCGGCCACCUCCCAAAAUAAAAUACAUACGAGUAAACCUAACCAAAUAGGUGAAAUACUUCUACAAGGAAAACAACAACAAAAAUGAAAAAAAGAAACUGAGCGUGAUACGCAAAAGUGGAAAGGCAUUUUAUGUUCCUCGAUGGGAAGAAUAUAACCAAAAUGUCCAUUCUAACCAAAUUAAGUUACAAAUGUAAUGAAAUUCCAGCCAAAUUAUGAGACAUUCUUCAUAUAGAUAGAAAAAGCUCGUAAAAUUUGUUUGGAAUCCUAAAAGAUCCCGUAUCACCAAGGCAAUACUGUGCAAAAAGAAUAAAGUAGGUGGUAUC